AAGAAUUGACUGGUGCCGAAGAGAAUCUGGCCGGGGCAAGGGAGCAUGCUAGUGGUCGGGUCAUUGAUGAGGAAGGAAGUGUAGAUCCCCAAAGGAUGAAUAAUUACCCGGCUGCUGUGGUGAUAGAUAAUGGCUCUGCCGUGCUGAAGGCAGGCUUAGCGGGAAACAGGGAGCCACAGUUCACCUACGCCAACAUCACAGGCCGGGGCAAGGGCAAGGCCGGGACCUCAGAAAGCUCACAGAGGGAUCUGUUUGUAGGUGAGGAAGCCCAGGCCAGGAGAUGCUCUCUCUCCAUCAGCUAUCCGGUGGAACGGGGCCUUGUCACCUCCUGGACAGACAUGGAGGCCAUGUGGAAGAAUGUUUAUGAAAAUAACUUGAAAAGGAAGGCCUACGAGAGCCCAGUCAUGCUCACAGAGCCAGCACUAAACCCUCUGGCUAACAGGGAAAGGAUGACCGAGUUAUUCUUUGAGAGUUUUGAGGUGCCCGCUCUGUACGUCUCCAUCCAGCCUGUCCUGGCCCUCUUUGCUUCAGGUUAUACAACGGGAUAUGUGCUGGAUUCCGGGGCCGGUGUAUCCCAGUGUGUGCCCAUCUUUGAGGGUUAUUGUCUCCCUCACGGUGUCCUUCGGCUGGACUUGGCUGGGCGAGAUCUCACCGAGUACCUUAUCAAACUCCUCCAAGACCACGGCAUCAUGCUGCUCAGCCCAUCGGACAAAAAGGUGGUCACUAACAUCAAAGAGAACCACUGUUAUGUGGCUGUCAACUUUGAAGAGGAACUGACCAAGAAUCCCAGCAUGUUGGAGAAAACGUAUAAACUACCCGAUGGGAAGACCAUCAAACUCCGCGAUGAGCUGUUCCGAUGCCCAGAGAGCCUUUUUCUUCCAGGGCACCUGAAUCUGGAGGCUCCUGGCAUCGACAAGCUCUGUUUCAAUAGCAUAAUGAAGUGUGACACAGAUUUAAGGAGCAACUUCUUCUCCAAUAUCAUCCUUGCCGGGGGAUCCACUUGUUUCCCCGGGUUAGACAAGAGGCUAGUAAAAGAACUAGCUCUCAUGGUACCUGCCAACACUUCGGUGAGGGUUUCUGCCCCACCAGACAGGAAAAUAUCUGUGUGGAUGGGAGGUUCCAUCCUCGCUUCUUUAUCAGCCUUUCAGGAUAUGUGGAUUACUACUGCAGAAUUUAAAGAGGUUGGAGCCAACAUAGUACAUCAGCGAUGCUUCUGAAAAUCAUUACUGAUAAGAUGCUAAGGGAAAAAAUUGUGUGUGUGUGUAUAUGAAAGAAUAUGUGAAAAAAUGGGGAUGGGGAGAAGGAGAGACAGGAGGAGGAGGAGAGAGAGAUUGAGAGACAGAGAAAUUGAAUAAUCAAGAGAGAGAAAAUUUGAAGAGAUAUUUACCUAAUUUUUUUUUCUGGAAGAGCAGAAGACAUUUUAAGUAUAUCUUUGCUCUAAUUCCAUAAUAAAACACUGAAGGGAAAAAAUAAUGACUAUUUAUUGAAGAAUUAAUUAGCAAAUAAUUAUUGGGCAUCUAGUCUGCAAAUCUGAGUUAGUUGAAGGUUUAAUUGACAGCCCCAAACUCCAAGUUCUUUUCAUGGAUGUAUAGUUUCAGGCUUGGGGAACUGCCCCCAAGUUUCUUUUCAGUUCAUUUUCUUCCAUCCCAGGCUUCUCUGGGAAACCUCAGAGUUGAACUGAAAUCUAGGUCUUCCCAGGGGCUAUUAAAAAUGCCUCAGCUGGUAUGUCUAUACCUAAAUCACUAGUAUUGGGGAUAGAGAACAGCCUUGAUUUGACCUCAGAGACUAUUUAAACAAUAUAAAGGGCUCACAGUAACCUUUUAACUAAAAAAAGAAAACAAUUCUCAUUUCCCCUCCUGUGAGUCUCUCCUCCUCCCUCAGGACAAAUGCAAUAGUUUAGAAUCAUAGUCCUACCCCAAGAGUUGAGAGAGUCCCUUGGAAAUUAUAUACACAGCCUGAAAAAAAGAAAAAGCAAAGAAAAUCUCCAAUCUUAAGGAUAGUAAAUCCGUGUGCCUCCUUCCCCAACACUCUUGUAUCUCUACUUGUGCAGCUAGUCACUCUCAAGUCUUCCUGUCUCCAGGUUCCAAGAAAUGAAAUAAAUGGUACAUUUUUCUACAAAUGGACACAUAAUUCAAAGUGAAAACUUUGAAUUUUCACUGAUUUAGGAACCUAUAUUUGACUACUACAUUGCACAACUUUCAAUAAAUCUUACCUUAAACCUAACAAA